GUCACAUUGCCAACGACUUCCGGUUUACCGGCGAAGAAGAGGAAGCCGGCUGUUCUGUUUGUAAAAAAUCCAGUAUCAUCGGGCUCGUUCCAAAAUGGAAAAGCUCGUUUUAUGCGUAUUUAUCGUCUCCGCGAUUGCAUCUGUUUGGUGCAAAGUCGGACAAGAUUCUAUUGAUUCUGGGUUGGUCGUGAGUAAAGUUGAUCGGAAAGUAGAUGCAGCAACUCAUCUUGUCAAAGUGUCGGCGUCACUCACAGUCGAAAAUAAUGGAAAAUCGGCUGUAAAAUCAUUUUUAUACGUCAUUGACGACUCGUUGAAGGACCAUUUAUCGUUCUUUGGAGCCACGCUAUCGGAUGAUGAUGAAAAAUUGGUGGUUGCGCAAACAUCUGUUGCGGGUCAUACUGACAAGCAGUUUUGGAGAAUCAACUUGCGCACUGAUCUGGGGGUUGGAAAAAUGGUGAAAGUUGAUGUUGACACAGUGUUUGCUCAUGCACUGCGCCCUUACCCCUUAGAAAUUGCCCAGAGCGAGAAACAGCAAGUUGUUUUAGAAGGAAAUGUCUACUUUUAUUCUCCUUACGUCACAAAGAGCCAGACAACUGUUGUGACUGUGUCAUCCACUGCUAUUGAAUCCUACAGCAAGUCUCCAAAGCCUGUGUCUGAGAGUGACAAAACCAUAACAUAUGGACCAUAUGAGAAGCGUGAACCUUUCACCCAGGCCGAGUUGAAAGUACACUUCGAGAGCAGUUCACCUUUCCUUGCUGUUACAAGCAUGGAACGUAUCAUCGAGGUAUCCCAUUGGGGUAAUAUUGCUAUUGAGGAGCACAUUGACUUGCGUCAUUCUGGUGCCAAACUGAAGGGACCUUUCUCUCGCUAUGAUUACCAACGAAGUCAGGAUGGUGUUUCCUCUGUGAAAUCAUUCAAGACUGUUUUACCUGCUGCUGCCAAAGAUGUGUACUACAGGGAUGAAAUUGGCAACAUUUCAACCAGCAACCUGAAGGAGCUUGAUGACAUGGUGGAACUGGAACUAAGACCCCGCUUUCCUUUGUUUGGAGGAUGGAAAACACAUUACUACAUUGGUUAUAAUGUACCAAGCUACCAAUAUCUUUUCAAUGAAGGUGACCAGUAUGCUUUGAAGAUGCGCUUUGUUGACCAUGUAUUUGACGACCUCCUUGUGGACCAGAUAACAGUUAAGAUCAUCCUUCCUGAGGGUUCAAAGAACAUGAUGCUGAGCACUCCAUAUGAUGUUGUGAGGGGAGAUAACCAAUUACACUACACUUACCUUGAUACCAUGGGGCGACCCGUGAUUGUGGCAUACAAAAGUAACCUUGUAGAGCAGCACAUCCAAGACUUUGAGCUAAGGUAUACCUUCAAGAGAAUUAUGCUGCUUCAGGAACCACUGUUAGUUGUUGGUGCUUUCUAUCUCUUGUUCCUCAUCGUCAUCAUUUAUGUUAGGUUGGACUUCUCCAUUACAAAGGAUGAAGCUAAGGAGAGUAAGAUGCGAGUGGCUAGCCUGGUGGAGGAUGUCCAGAGUGCCCAGGACAAGCGAAGUGCCCUCUAUCAGAGCUAUGAUGAUGCUAUUAACAAGUUCAAGAGUACUAAAGAAGCCCCCAACUUUGCUACAAGCAGAAAGAAAAUAGAUGGAGACUACCGUCAACUCACUCAGCAGAUACAAGGGUUGCAGGGUCAGCUCAAGACCGAGGGGUCAGAUCUAGCUGAUAAGGUCGCUGAGCUUCAAAAACUUGACAGCCAGUACAAGGAGCAGAUACAGCAGGCCAUCAAUGCUGCUGAAAAGCUUGUGCAAGGCAAGAUGAGUAAGCAAGUCUACAUAGAUUCAGAAAAAGUUAACACCACUAAACGCGAGGAUCUCUAUAAUAAAAUGGAAAGUCUAAGAAAUGGGCUUUAAAUUGUUUGCCCAGUUGUAUGUGCUAAUCAUUUCCAGUAUUGGCAUUUAUAGUACACUAAAAGUGUCGUAGAAUAACAUAUUUAAAUGUUUGAUGUACAUCUUCAUCCAAUCUCAAUCUGUACAUUAUUUACUGAAAUAAAACAUUGUAUUUUUA